AUGCCUCUCUCACUGUGCCUUAACAAGGGUGCCCCAUCUUCUAUGCGUGGCCAGGCUAUCAGGAUCUACGACAUCUUGGUGGUGACCAUGCUGGCAUGUCUCCUCGCAACUCUGGCCUACGCCGACGAUGAUGACGAACCCACAUCUUCAGCCAGUACAUUCUCAGCUCCUUUCGUUGACCAGAACACGGGUCUUCAGAUGGAACGGUUCUUCGGCGCGCGCACCUCCUUCGGCUUCGCUUUCGCCACGUCUUCAUCGACUGCAACAGCAGGCAGCACAAGCUCUUUCAUCGGCCAAAUCAGCUUUCCUCUCGUCAACGGUCAGGAAUGGGGCGCCAUGGGACUCACUGGUGACAUGGAAGGCAACUUCAUUCUCGCCGUAUGGCCCGAUGGCAAAGGCGAUGUCAUGGCCUCUUUCCGACAAGCGACCGACGAAGAUAAUCCGCCAGAGGUGACGGGAGCAUUCAGCGUACGCCCCAUUCCUGACGGAACGAUUGUCAAUGCAACUUUCUUGAGCUACACCUUCUUGUGCGAGAACUGCAUCGACUCGACUUUGGGCCUAAGCAUGGACACUUCAGGGAACGCUGUCAUGGGCUGGGCCUUGUCUGAGAAACCGCCUCUCGGGAACUCCGCAGAUCCUGGAGCUCGUCUCGACUUCCACGAGCGCGGUUUUGGACCGUUCACGGCGAGGCUGGGAGCUGCUGUAUCCGCGCAGUUCGAAGCUGUCGCUGCAACAGCGUUACAGCCCGUCGCGGCAUCUAGCAAUGCUAUUGCCGCGGUAGCUGGAGCGGCAGGCGCAGGUAGUGGCGGUGACGAUGACUCUGACAACGAUGAUGACUAG